AUGGCUCCAGAUCCGACUACCUGGCGGCAUCGAGGCGCGGCUGCCGGCUACAAGAACGGCGAUGUCAACUCCAAGUACACCAGCAACGGAUAUCGCAUCCUGCCAGAGACCGACAGGGAUUGGCCUCUCGAUGGUUCUCCAGCGCCCCAGUGCUUCAGAGCUCACCAUGACAUCAACGGCUCAUCGGUUGUAUAUGACCAGCACAAUGCCGUCUUCGACCUCUGCCCCAAUCCGCGUCAAGGCAUCACUCCAUACCACGCGGAGCUUAUCGAGCAAGGUCUGCGUCUGCCGGAGAACAACAGGGUCGCUAAGAUACUGGCGGCCAGUGAGGGUGCUGCUGGAUCCAGCCAAAUAAUCGGUCCUGCUGUUGAAGCAAACGCCGCUGGUGAAGCGAUGGCCAUGGACGAAGCGGCUUCCACUGAUGGCGCGAAUGCUGGUGAACGAGCAAAUAGCGCUGUCGUAGCAAGUCCCGCUGGUGGGGCAGCUCCUGCUCAAGAUGCGACUCCCGCCGAUGAAGCAACGGGAGCAGCCGCCGCCCAGCGGGCGAAUGCAACGGCAAAUGUUGCAACCGUUGCGGCGCCGGCCACCAGGAGGCCGUUCAGUCGCUGCCCGCUCGGCGAAUUGAAGCCUGUGCGGCUCACCCAGCUACCCAACAACGUCACCAACGAAGAGAUCAUGACGUUCUUCCCCCGGUCCAUGGGGCGUGCGGAGGUCCUCAGUCGCGUCAUGGAUAGAUACCGCUUCAACGAUAUCGCCAUGUACGUCAACGGCGCUCACGGACAUCCCGACUCAAUUGCAGGUCCCGUGAUUGAGAGCUCGAGUAUCAGGCACGCGGCGAAGAAGACGAAGGAUCCAUCGAAAUUUGGCCCGUGGAAAUUGCCGCCGGGGGGCGCAGCGGACGUCCUGCUCACAGAUCUCGUGCGUGGCGUGGUGAAUCUGCCACCAAAGGGCAUGGGCGACGGACGAUUGACCAAGAUCUUAAGGAGGGUUCACUUCUUCCCCCCUGGUGCAACACUCGGUAGCAUUAUGCCUCUUGUGGAGGGUCAGGACAAGCUCGAUGCUGCUUCCUUAAGGAAGUAUGCGCGCCAGCUCGUGAACAACGGCUAUUGA